GCCAUCGAUUCGCGGUCACACUUCGGUCCAACGACAAAGUAGGAAAUAAUUUCCACUCCCGAUUAAUAUUAGAUAUUUUUGCACUUUUAUAAGCCUCACCACGGCUCUUUUUAAUCCGCGUCUUCGCAGUUUUUACAGCUAAUAAGCCGCAACGACCUUGCCCAGUGCGUGUAUCUUUGUCACUAGUGAAAAACAUUACGUAGGGGCGCAGGACGGAAGAAAGCAGGAAAAGAAAGAAAAUAUCUAAAAAUAUUUUUUAUCGUCGUGAAAGUAGCUACAGACUUCUGUCGCAAAUAUCAUUUAAUUAGCGCUAAAGGAAUAUAAUUAACUGCGAAAAUGGUCCUGAAAGUCUACGUCAGCGGCAUGUCCGGCAACAAGGAGGUGAAGAAGCGCCAGCAGCGCGUGCUGAUGAUCCUGGACAGCAAGAACAUCAAGUACGACACGGUGGACAUCACGGAGCCCGGCAAGGAGUCCGAGAAGGAGCUGAUGCAGAUCAAAUCGACGAGCAACGGCGGAACGGUCAGCGACCCGGAGCCCCGCCAUCCCCUUCCUCCGCAGCUCUUCAACGACGACGAGUACUGCGGCGACUACGACGCCUUCGACAUGGCCAACGAGAUCGACACCCUGGAGGUGUUCCUCAAGCUGGCCCCCGCCGACACCACGGCAGUUAGCACCGCCCAGAUCGAGUUGAAGCAGGAGAACGGCGAGUCCAAAAAGGAGGAGGCGGAAGCGGAGGAGAAGAAGUCCGAGGAGGAGGAGAAGGAGAAGCCGGAGGGCGGCGAUGGCGAUGUCAAGGCCGAGAAUGAAGACAAGGACGGCGAGGACAAGGAGAAAGCAGAGGGUGAAGAAGAAAGCACCGAAGAAAAGACUGAAACCGAAGAGGGUGAAGAAUCCGAAGAAAAGAAAGAGGAGACUACAGAAACAGAAAAAACUGAAGAAUCCGAGGAAGGUGAAAGCAAAGAAAAAUCCGAUACCAAUGAAAAAUCGGAAGGUGAUGAUACAAAAGAAAAAUCGGGGGAUGUUGAGCCUACAGAAAAAUCCGAAGAUGAUACCAAAGAUAAAUCUGAAGAUGAGUCCGAAGAAGAAAACGACGAAGAAAAACCAAAGGAAAGCAUUCAGGAAGAUAAGGGUGAAAACUCCGAGGAAUCUGAUGUCAACAAAAAUGUAGAGGAAGGUAAGGCCGAAGAAGAAAGUGAAGAAAAGUCAGAAAAAGAAAAGGAAAUCGCUGAAGCUGAGGAAGAAAACAGUAAAGACGAGAAGGAACCAGAAGAAGAAACGAAGACGGAAAAUAUUGAAGAGGAAACGGAAGUAGAAAGUACUGAAAAAGAACCUGAGGAAGAAAAUAGCAAAGAAACGGAAGUAGAAAAUACCGAAGAAGAAGAAAAGGUUGAUGCUGAACCCAAAGAAGAAACCAAGGAAGAAACUGAAAAGGAAAGUGAAGAAGAAGAAACUGAAGAGGAAAACAAAGAAGAGUCUGAUAAAGAUAAAGAACCCAAAGAAGAUAUUGAGAAAACUUCGGAAGAAACUGAAGAAAAAUCAGAGGACAAAAAUACAGAAGAAGAGGCAAAAGAAUCCACCGAGAAGGUAAAACCAGACAAACCUGAAGAAGCGAAGGUAGAAGACACGCCCGGUACCGAAGAGAGUAGUAAACCGGCCGAGGAGAAUUCUUCGGAAGAAAGCGAAGAAGAGUAACAACGAUUAAACGACAACAACCACACACUGACAUCCGCAUCUCAAACACCAAU